UUCCUCCUCCCUGUUCCUCUCGCCCCGCUGCGCCAGGCAGGCACAGAAGUUGGAACAAACAUGGAGUACAAGCUGAUCAUGGCUGUCUCCGGCUUCCCGAGUCUCUACGACACGAACUCCCUGACCUACCGGGACCUGAACAUGAGGAGCGACGCGUGGAGGCAGGUCGCGGAGAUCGUCGGUGUCCCCGAGUCUGAGUGCAGAAGGAAGUGGAAGACGCUGAGAGACCAACACAGGAGGGAAAGGCAGCGAGAGAAGGAGAGACGCGAGAGUGGCAUCGGGCUCCUGAACUACCGGCCCUGGAGAUAUUCGUCCAUUCUGUCAUUUUUAAACCCGUUUAUUGACGCCAGGGCUGCAGGCACCAACGGCUGGGCCCUGGACCCGCAGCCCUCUCACCUGCAUGCGGCUGAAAUGGGCUGCAGCACGACCACAGAGACCCGGAGCGACGAUGACGAGAAUUACGCCAUCGCUGUAGCAGAUGCAACAACAACGUCUUCAUCGUCGUCGUCCUUCUCAGAGUUCGUCCAGAGGAAACGGCCGUCUCCUCUGAACGGAGACAUCAUCGGACUUAAAGAAGCAAAGAUGGAGGUGACGUCAGACGCUGCCGCUGAGGACAGCGGUCUACAAACACAACAUGCCCAACACGCUAACAUGAAGGAGCUGUUUGAGAUGAUGAUGCAGUCGGUUACGACUUUGGCUGCGUCCUUAGUUUCUUCACAAUCCUCCUCACAGACCUCGGAGCUGAUGGCUCCUGCAGUCCUUCAGCCCGAUCUGCAGUCUCUCCAGCACCGCCAGGCUCACUGCAGCCCGCCGCCGUCCAGGACCACAUCGAGGCUCAGCCACCUGAAAACAGAGGAGCAGGAAACUGUGGUAAGAGAGAUUUUAGACCAAACAGACAACGAGGACGAGUGCAGCAUGUCUCCCACUCUGAUUCAAGCCAAGAGGAAGAGCAGCGACAGUCUGCUGGAGGAGUACCUGAGGAGGAUGGAGAGCAGGGAGGCUCAGAGGAACCUGGAUGUGGAUCAGAGGGACGAUGUUACUUUCUUUCUGCUAAGCUUGGCUCCUGCCAUGAGAAGACUUUCUGCAGAGAAGCAGUCGAUGGUCAGAACCAAGAUACAGCAGCUUCUUCACGAGGCGGAGUUUGGUGCCACGACUUUUCAGUGAUUCCAAACUGUUUUUUAUUUGACACUUUUUUAAACUCUGCAUGGACCAACAAUAUUUUAUUCCACCGGCGGAGAAGUCUCCUUUGCCUCAUUUUAUAAUACUGCAGCUGAUGUUCUCCUUUCCUAUGUUUUCAGAGCUCUUUUUAAUAAAAUCCUCUUGUCACAGUAAUUUGUGUUUUUAUUUAUGAAUUAUUUAUCACAGUGAAGUAAACAUGGCAUCAGUGUUUCUUUACAUGGAGAGAGAGAGAAAACCUGAGGCACUGUCAGUGAUCAGUAACACGACUACAAAGUGAAAUCAUGUAUAUUUACUAUAUUUCAUAUAUUGUAUGAGAUUUUAACAGCAGGAGUUUCCACUGCUCACUCAGUGAGUCGGACCUCACAUCUUUAUAUCGCGGUUUUUAUUUUCUCUCUAUUAGAACAAGUGUUAAACAUAGCAGGUCUGACACAACUGCAGGUUAUCAGAUGUCUGCAGUACAGCUGCAGCAAGUAGGGUCAUCUGUGAGAGCUUUAAUCUGCAGGAAUAAUUAACAACAGUCAAAUAGACGAGGUUUAUCAGAGAAAUCAGAUCAUAAUUCAUUUCACUGACGAGCAGAGGAUGAAGAUGUUCAGAGACUGUAAAUCAUCAGAUUUAUUCUGUUUGUUAACAACAUGAGAAAUGAUAAAAAAGUGGUGUAACAUCCUGUUAAAUGUAAA